CCGCCGCCACCCGCCAUGUGGCGCCGCCUCCAGACCCUAGCCCCGGCCCUGCGCCGCGCCGCGGCGGCACGCGGCGCGGGCCCCUCCCCCGUCGCCCGCGCUGCCCCGCUCUCCACGGCGGCCGCCGCCUUCCGCCGCACCAGUCCUCUCCUGUCCGGGGACAAGCCGGCGACGGUGGAGGACGUCAUGCCCAUCGCCACGGGGCUGGAGCGGGAGGAGCUCGCGGCAGAACUCAAGGGAGAGAAGCGGUUCGACAUGGAUCCUCCCGUCGGCCCCUUCGGUACCAAGGAGGCACCAGCUGUCAUUGAAUCCUAUUAUAACAAGAGGAUAGUUGGUUGUCCUGGUGGUGAAGGAGAGGAUGAGCAUGAUGUCGUAUGGUUCUGGUUGAAAAAAGAUGAACCACAUGAGUGCCCAGUUUGUUCACAAUAUUUUGUGCUUAAGGUAAUUGGUGAUGGCGGAGAUCCAGAUGGGCAUGAUGAUGACGAGGACGAGCAUCACCACUAAGGACGCCCAUGCCUCGUGGUUCUGAUAAUAAGAAUUUGAUGAGGCAGAUGAUUUGAUUUGCACUUUUUAGCACCAGACUGCUCUACGGCGUCCUUGUUUAUGAAUACACACAUUUGGCCAUCAAGCAGGUGGUAGUUUUUUCCCUAGGGAUUUUGUCCAAACAAAAAAAACUUGUCGAGGCUUGACUUGUGCAUUUCCUUUGGAGCAUCAUCGAAUAAAAGAUGACUGCAUCAGUUGCGUUUUUUCUUCUGUUAUAUCUAAUGGCCAUCUUGUGUGGUGGACCUUUUUCUAUUCAAAUCAUGCAACAAUUUAUAUU